AUGCCGCACGUCAUCUCUCGAACACCAAGGAUGGCCCAGAGCGGGCGUCCUUCAUGUCUGCCUGCAGGCAAGAACACCGCUUCGAGUGUCACUCGAGUGAUAGUGAAGACACCAGGCAAGCAGGAAGACUUUAUGAUAACUGAUGACACCUCGGUGAGGCAGUUCAAGGAGAAGCUAUCGGCUCACUUUAAAUGCCAAGUGGACCAACUCGUGCUGGUCUUCAUGGGCCGCCUUCUCAAAGACCAUGACACACUGAGCCAGAGGGGCAUCCUGGAUGGCCACACCAUCCACUUGGUCAUCAAGUCCAAACACAGCUCCAGAUCCCUAGCCCAUUCCUCACGGAAACCGUCGACUGAUGAGCCCUGCCACCAGGACAAAAACACCAAAGGAAACAGCAGUGGGGUACACCAACCUGCCGGUGUGAAUCACAGUCCAGUGGAAUCAGCUGUAUCCGCAGAGCCUGGCGUGCCCAGGGUGCACACUCAGGGCCUGGGAGUGCUCGGUCUGGAGCGCAUAGCACAGAUACUGGAGAAUCCUGGCAUCCAGCAGCUUCUGUCUAACACAGACUUCAUGAGACGGUUGAUCUCAGAACACCCAGACAUGCAACAGUUGAUGCAGCAGAACCCAGAGGUCUCACACAUCUUUGACGAUUCUGAUGUCCUAUGGCAGACUCUGGAGCUGGCCAGGAAUCUUGCCAUGAUUCAGGAGAUAUUGCAGAUCCAGCAACCUGCACAGAAUCUUGAACAUCCAUCGGACCCACAGUCACAUGUGGGCUCAGAGACCACCCGAGGUGAAGGCAAGGCCCUGAGUCAGAACUCCGCUGAUUUCAAUGACCAAAUGCUCAGUAGCUCACACGAUCCAUUUGGGGGCAAAUUAGAGGAUGACCUCCGGCUGCUGGAUGAGCAGACCGGCUCCCAGAUCGCCGGAAGCAUGACGCAGGUGCUGUUGAACAACCCCUCCCUGGCCGCCCAGAUGAUGCUGUGCAUGAGUGUGCCCCAGCUGAGUGAGCAGUGGAGGCAGCAGCUGCCCGCCCUUCUGCAGCAGACACAGCUUUCUGAUAUGCUUACAGCCCUAGCCAACCCUAAAGCGUCACAAGCGAUACUGCAGAUUGAGCAGGGUCUGCAGCUGUUGGUCACCGAGGAGCCUGUUCUACUACCUUGGGUUGCACCCUACCUAUGGGGCCUGGGCUGGCUUCCUGCACCCAGCUGCAGCUACUCUGACACAGUGCCCUGGGCCUGGGAUGUGCCAGAUAUGGAGGAGCCUAAAGGGCCCGAGUCCUGCCACAAGUCUGGAACGGUCCUGCAGAGUCUACAGUCCCGAGCUGGAGACCCUUCCCACCUCCUGCAAGCCCCUGAGAUUCAUUUCGGCAAGCAGAUGGAAUCUCUGCACGCCAUGGGGUUCGGGAAUCACCAAGCCAACUUGCAGGCCCUCAUUGCCACCGAGGGAGACACCAGCGCAGCCGUCCGUAAGCUCAGGAGAUCUCACGGAUCCUAA